AUGCCACCGAAAUCAAGGACUGCAGUGUCCAAGGCAAAGAACCCCGAGCCUGCCCUAGAAUCAGAACCAGCCUCGGUGAAAGAGCUUUCUCAAAGUCGCUACUACCAGACCAACCCCGCUACAAAACGCUUCGAAGCCGACGGCCUCGAAGCCCUUACUCCCGCCGAACGUCAGACCUGGGCCAACGCCCAACUGCUACCCCGCGUUGCCGGCAAGCAAACUCUUCUCCCCGCCAAAGUCGAGCGCGAAUACUGGAAGCAGGUCGCCAAAGACAGCCUUCCCAUUCGACCCCUACGCCGCGAUUACGAGUGGGGUACGGAUAAGACGGGCCGUAACCUCGGCGAUUACGCACCACGAGACCUCGAGGCGCGCAGGAGGGCCCAAGACCGGCUGGCCGCACUGACGAUUGAGCACGAGGGAUUCCUAGCCAAGAGGGAUUUGCAAGCGAGAGGGGCCCGCAACCGCAAGGGCAUCGCAUACGAGGUUACCGAGGAGGACAUUGACGAGGAAAAACGGCGCAGGGCCGAGAUGGCGCGUCUAAACAAAGACCUGUACAAUGACCGUGGGAGCGCGUACUCGACGGAUCCGGAGUGGGACGAUGUCGUGCCCAUCCCCGCCGUGGAGCCCGAGGGUGCGCUGGCUGCGAUUGCGUACCCAGACGACUACGCUGAAGCCAUGUCCUACUUGCGAGCCGUCAUGGCUGCCGAAGAAUCGUCUCCGCGCUGCUUGCGCCUGACGGACCACAUCAUCUCCAUGAAUCCGGCCCACUACACAGUGUGGUUGUACCGCUUCAAGAUAAUAUCGACGCUCAACCUCCCGGUGCCGGAUGAGAUUGAGUGGCUCAAUGAGGUGGCGUUUGCCCACCUUAAAAAUUACCAGAUCUGGCACCACCGACAGCUCCUCAUGGACCACCAUUACCCACAGAUCGAGGGCGAUGCCGAAGCCGUCAAGGCGCUCGGACGCUCGGAACUACAGUUCAUCGCCACCAUGCUGGCCGAGGAUACCAAGAACUACCACGUUUGGUCAUAUCGGCAGUACCUCGUACGCAAGCUCAACCUGUUUGGGCUGCACGAGCUGCUGGCGACCCAGAACCUGAUUGAGGAUGACGUGCGCAACAACUCGGCCUGGUCGCACCGCUUCCUCGUCGUCUUCUCCGACCCGGCAGCCUCAACCCCCGGCAGCCACGCUACGGAGCACGACGCCGCCGUGCCCGCCAACAUUGUGGACCGAGAGAUAGGGUACGCCAAGACCAAGAUUCACCUAGCGCCGCAGAACCAGGCGGCGUGGAACUACCUGCGCGGCGUGCUAGCCAAGGGCGGACGCCGGAUGGUGGAGGUCAAGGCCUUCUCGGAGGAGUUUGUCGAGCACCUCGGGGCCGAGGAUGGCGCGGCAGCUGGGGAUGAGGUGGUGAAGAGCUCGCACGCCCUCGAUUGCUUGGCCGAGGCAUAUCUAGAGGAGGGAAACAAGGAGCAGGCGAAGCUGUGCUUGGAGAGGCUGGCUGUCAAAUGGGACCCGAUCCGCGCAGGAUACUGGAAAUACAGGCAGCAGCUAGUAGAGGUAGCUUAA